AAUAGAGUAUUUACUGUUUCAGGUUCCACAGCUGUUACUUCACCCACGUAUGGCAGGACAUUUCCUAAUGUAGGUCUUACAGGUCAGGCACACAAUCACCUAAAAAGACAGGAUGGCCAUUCACACCCUUAUGCACAUCUGGAGUGUAGUGUACGCCUGUUGUUGGAAGAAAAGGAUCUAGAAUUGCUAGCCCUGCAGGAAACUGUACAAAUACUUCAGAUGAAAGUCCAGCGCCUGGAGCACUUGGUGCAGCUGAAAGACCUGAGGAUAGAGGAUUUAACAAGGCACCUAAAUAAACAAAGAUUGCAAAAGAAUAUCACUUAA